UCAGUAACAGUUGAUUGUAAUGUCAGUGCAGUCCAAUUUACAGGCUGGAGCAGCAGCUGCAUACUUACUGCAUUUCCCUGAAGUAUUACAUGAUUUUCACUCCUUGCAAACUUUAUCAUCUUUGUUGCAGUUAGUCGGAAAUCAAUAUGCAGAGCAAGGGUACGAUUAUGUACAUCCGAUAUUUUUUGUGGUUUCUUCUGCUCUGGAUGCUUGUUGGGAAGUCAUACGCUGAAGAAGACAUCAUAGUUACCACUAAGAAUGGAAAAGUCAGAGGGAUGAACUUGCCAGUUCUUGGUGGCACAGUAACAGCCUUUCUUGGAAUUCCCUAUGCACAGCCUCCUCUUGGUAGACUUCGAUUCAAAAAGCCACAGUCCAUGACCAAGUGGCCUGAUAUCUGGAAUGCCACCAAAUAUGCUAAUUCUUGCUAUCAGAACACAGAUCAAAGUUUCCCAGGCUUCGUUGGGUCAGAGAUGUGGAACCCAAACACUGAGCUCAGUGAAGACUGCUUAUAUCUGAACGUGUGGAUUCCAGCACCUAAACCCAAAAAUGCUACUGUAAUGAUAUGGAUCUAUGGUGGUGGUUUUCAGACUGGGACAUCAUCUUUGCAUGUUUAUGAUGGCAAGUUUCUGUCACGGGUUGAAAGAGUUAUUGUGGUUUCAAUGAACUAUAGGGUAGGUGCCCUAGGAUUUUUAGCUUUACCAGGAAAUCCUGAGGCCCCAGGGAACAUGGGCUUAUUUGAUCAACAGUUGGCCCUUCAGUGGGUCCAAAAAAAUAUAGCAGCCUUUGGUGGUAAUCCUAAAAGUGUAACUCUUUUUGGAGAAAGUGCAGGAGCAGUUUCAGUGAGUCUUCAUUUACUUUCUCCUAGAAGCCACCCAUUGUUUGCCAGAGCCAUUCUGCAAAGUGGAUCCUCAAAUGCUCCCUGGGCAGUAACAUCUCUUUAUGAGGCUAGGAACAGAACAUUGACCUUAGCUAAAUUUAUUGGUUGCUCUAGAGAAAAUGAGACUGAGAUAAUCAAAUGUCUUCGAAAUAAAGAUCCCCAGGAAAUUCUUCAGAAUGAAGUAUUUGUUGUCCCCAACCAUAUGCUCUUGUCAGUAAACUUUGGUCCAACUGUGGAUGGUGAUUUUCUUACUGACCUACCAGGCACACUACUCCAACUUGGACAGUUCAAAAAAACCCAGAUCUUGGUGGGGGUUAAUAAAGAUGAAGGAACGGCAUUUUUAGUAUAUGGUGCUCCUGGCUUCAGCAAAGAUAACAACAGUAUUAUAACUAGAAAAGAAUUUGAAGAAGGUUUGAAAAUAUUUUUUCCAGGAGUGAGUGAAUUUGGAAAGGAAUCGAUCCUUUUCCACUACAUGGACUGGACAGAUGAUCAGAGGGCUGAAAAUUACCGUGAGGCUUUGGAUGAUGUUGUUGGGGAUUAUGAUAUCAUAUGCCCAGCCUUGGAGUUCACUAAAAAGUUCUCAGAAAUGGGAAAUAAUGCCUUUUUCUACUAUUUUGAACACCGAUCCUCCAAACUCCCUUGGCCAGAAUGGAUGGGAGUGAUGCAUGGUUAUGAGAUUGAAUUUGUCUUCGGUUUACCUCUGGAAAGAAGAGCUAAUUACACAAAAGCUGAGGAAAUUUUGAGUAGAUCCAUUAUGAAACGCUGGGCAAACUUUGCAAAAUAUGGAAAUCCAAAUGGGACCCAGAACAAUAGUACAAGAUGGCCGGUCUUCAAAAGCAAUGAACAAAAAUAUUUAACCUUGAAUGCUGAGUCACCACGAGUAUACACUAAACUACGUGCCCAGCAAUGCCGAUUCUGGACAUUAUUUUUUCCUAAAGUCUUGGAAAUGACAGGAAAUAUUGACGAAGCAGAACGAGAAUGGAAAGCAGGAUUCCAUCGCUGGAACAAUUACAUGAUGGAUUGGAAAAAUCAAUUUAACGAUUACACUAGCAAGAAAGAAAGCUGCGCAGGUCUCUAAUUAAUAGAUUUACCCUUUAUAGAACUUCAUUUUCCUGUAGAUCAAGGCAAAAAUAUCAGUGGCUCUCUUACACACCUGGUAGGAAAGCUAUUAUAUAGUUGAAACAAAAAUGCCAGAAGGAUAAUAUUGAUUCCUCACAUCUUUCACUAUUAUACCUAGCAUUUCAAAAACCAAAUGGCUAGAACAAGUUUAAUUAAAUUUCACAUUAUAAAGUUUGACAAUUAAUUAUAUGCAUAUUAAAACAAUCUGCAGUUUCAAACUCUUUCUUGAAUAACUUUAAGAAUUUUUUUCCCUAAAAAGAAUCUGUGUUCUGUUUUUCAAUCUCAAGUUUAUUUUCAUUACUGCUCAUAAAAGGUAUCUUUUUAAAAUGAAAUGGGUAAGGUCUUAAAACAUUAGAUGCUAUAAUUUACAAUACUGUUUCCUUUAACUUAUACAUUUAAUGUCAAUAUGAUGAAAUUAUCACAGAAAAUAAUUGG